AUGUAUCAAUGGCAUUUGUUAGUAUCGCUGGCGGUGAUUACCGUAAUCGAAGCACACAGAGAGAAACGUCAACUAUCCAUUGAUGACCUGAUUUCGAAAGCCCUCUCAUUAGUUCGACCGAUAUUCGACACUUCACAACCACUGCAGUACGAUGAAAUGUUUAAAAAGCAGCCGAUACCAUCAACAGACGACUUACGAGAUUCUAUUAUUCUUGGCUCACGUUCAGCAAAUCCAUUUGACAACAUCCCACUUUGCAAAGGAAGCAACAGAAUCUGCCAAUUUAUUUCUUGCUCUGCGGAAAACUUCAAGAAAGACCCAACAUUCGGUAAUAUUCAACUGGCCGCGCAAGUGUUGUCCGACAGGAAAUUACGGCAAACCAUCACAAUUGAUUCUAUAUGCAAGGAGCAAGGUAUGAGCGACGAACCACAGCAGUUGGAGAUUCGCAAUGAUCUGGUGGCUAGUCUGACACCAUUACCUCCGGCUCCAUUCAUACAUCCAACUCCACCGUCGGCACCACCUCUAGCCUUUCCAACUGUGCCUUCAAUCAUAAUGCCUCCUAUUUCUUUUCCGACUUCAGCAAUUGAAAAGCUGUUUCAGAAAAAAGUAGGUGAUAUAAGUAAUUACUUUGGUGGCUUUUCAUCUCCAGAUUCAUCGCCUUCUUCCUCUACACCGAUCGUAUCCGAGGAUUACUAUGGAAGUGUGGACGAGUCAACGCCAAAACGACAAGAACUGAGAUCACCACUGAAAAACUGUGUGCACAUUUUAGGAAUAUAUUAA